AUGUACCUACACCUCUACACAGGCACAGACGGUGCCUUACUUAGCCCAAGGCAACCCCCUAACGGCCCCAUAAACCAGCAUCCGGCAUCCAGAGAAACCCAGGCAUUUGGUAUCCGGAAUAAAAACAAAGCGAACAAAAAUCCCCGUUUAACUCUCCAGCAUAUCAUCCACCAGCCCCAUCCUCUCACUCCCACUCCCUCCCUCACUGCUCCAUAUUACCCCUACCCUGCCGGAGCAAAGCAAGACGAGAGGGACAGUCCGAACAGCACAUGGAACCCUGCCACCAAAUACCAGGACCAUGGCGCCAUGGUGACAUGGUCAAGUCAGCAAGCUGACUGA